GGGCGAGGGGGUGGGGGGAGGGGGGCUACGAAUAUGAUGGGUCAUAAAUUCGUGAUUUAGCUUCAGUGGCCGUCUCUCUGUGAGUCCGCACCAAGGUCUCCUCCUGCCUCAACUGCUAGCGAACUGCGUGUCUCCUCCUGCGAUGCUGAGGGAGUAGCUCAGGAAGGAAGGGAGGGUGGGUUUAAAAAAAAAAAAAAAGGAAAAGAAAAAAGAUUUCAGCACCGGAGCUGUCCGCGGCUCUUGGAGAAGUCUCUAUUCCUGCUGGAGAGAGAGAGAGAAAGAGAGAGGGAGAGAGAGAGAGAGAGAGGGAGAAGCUGCUUCCGACUGUAAAUUUUCUCCUCAGGACUGUGAGGGGAAGGAAUAAUAAACUGCUGUGCCAUUCAUCUCUCUGCGGGGCUACUGACGGGCGGGUAAAGGCGCGCGCGCGCACAGACACACACACACACACACACACUCUCAUUUUCGAGCAAAGUCUUGCCAUGCUGGACGGCCGGGCUUGAGACAGAAAAGGACAAAGUCUCCAAUAAGUCGCGGUGAACACCAACCCUUUACGCCAUGGGAGUGCUCAUGUCAAAGAAGCAGCAGGUGGAGAAGGUGCAGAAAUGCAGCGCUGUUGUCUCUGCCUUCCAGGCUGGCCUUAAGGAUCGUGCUGUCGCAACCAAACAGGCAGAAGAAGAAGUAGAGGAAGGAGACGCACCUGCCAAAAGUCCAGCCAGUCCUGAAGAGAAGAAGACAGAGGAGGCGGAGAAAGAGGAGACGGACAAUAGUGCGGGUCCGUCCACCUCCCAGCAGGCCUCCGCUCCGACGAGGGAUGAUUGUAAGGUCAACCAGGAGGCUUGGUCGAGGUUACGGGAUGGGAAGGGGGUGGAGCCUGAGGAUCUUGAUAAGACCCAUCAGCUCACGCCGCCUGCUUUCGUGCGGCCCAAAAGGGAAGCUGAUGACGACCAGCCUGUAGAGGUGGAGCUGGAUAAGAAAGAGCAGCCACCGAGUGAUGAGAUGUGUGACGUGUGCGAGGUGUGGACGGCCGAAGACCUGUACCCCUGCAGGAUCUGCACGCGGGUGUUUCACGAUGGCUGUCUGAGGGAGCUGGGCUACCUGCGUGCCGAGGCCUUGCAGGAGAUGAGAGAUACAGCCCACACUGUUACUGGCUGGAGCUGCUACUAUUGUGAUAAUCUGAAUCUACUCCUAACAGAGGAAGAGAUGUACAGCCUCAUGGAGACCUUUAAGCAGUGCAAGAUCAUCCCAGAGUCAUGCCUGGUGUCAGAUGAGCUGCUGCAGUAUCGCCACUUUGUAUCCAAGCAGCAGUUUGAUAAGGACCUGACUGAUGAACAAGAGGAGGAAGUUCUGGCCCAGUUUGCAGCGCUGGAUCCUGAGAAGAAGGGUCAUGUUGAAUGGUCAGACUUCCUCUACUUUGAAUCUCUGGCAGUGUUGAGGAAAUUUCGCACAGAGAACUCACUGGUGCGCGUGUUGACUGCUAAGGAGAGAGACAAAGCGAGGUCAGUGUUUCUAGGUCUGGAUCUGGAUAAAGAUGGCUUGAUCACAAGAGCAGAAUGCCGCCAGGCCCAGCAGUCCUGGUUCCACAAUCUCAGCAAAGACUCGCAGUCCUGCAAUGUGAGACUCAUGGGACUCUGCUCUCCUAUGAAUUGUGGUAUAAGUCAAGUUGGCCCCAUGUGUGAGAGCAGUCCAGGCAGCUCUGGCAGCGAAAGAAGCAAGACUGGUGACAGCAGACCAGUCACCUGGGCAGACUUUUUAAAGGAGAGUGCCAUCUAUAUUUUGGCUGCACGUCCCAAUAGUUCUGCCAUGCACAUCCAUCUGCCUCUAUAGUCCUGGAUCCUCCACUGCACCCAAGCAGAGAGAGGGAGAGAGAUACCCAAUAGUCUAAAGAUGAGCGGAGGAAGAUAGAUGCGAUGACACGAUGACAUGAGGAAGGCAAACGAGUGAACUGGAUGAAGCACCGAGAGACAGCAGAUCAAGCCAUCGACAGAAAUCUCUCCUCCUCUGCAUCACCCCAAACCACAACACUGACGACACACAUGCCGAUUGACACACAGACGACGCAAGUGACAGCAGCUGUCACAGGUCCCAUCUCCAAAACCUGAUGGCUUCCAACAAAUGUGAGAGAUAGGACAAGGAAGACAACCACCCACUCACAACUAGUCAGUCAGUCAGUCAGUGAUAUUUCUGAGACUUCGAGUGAAGAGAUCAUACACACAAUCAGACAAGCUCCUGGGGUGCUCCCACUCUGUUUUAAAUGACAAAUACUACACUCUAUGGCCAUCCAACUACACAACACACCUCUUCAUGCGGGUAUAUUAAUUUGACAGGCUGUUACUCUUUCAAGUAUUCAUUCCUCUGGGCCACAUCAUGUCCUAAUAAUAACUCCAUGCUACUGUAAUGGGAUUGUGUUAUUCACCAUCAAAAUUGUUAAUCACUCUACACAGAGGCACAUGCAAAUUCAUUCCAGUACUGUUUUACAAAUGGAUACACCUCUGGGAGUAGAUUAACCCCGCAGCUGCCAUUAUCAGAACAUAUACCAAUCAGGAAUGAUAGCUAUCCGCAUACAUAUUAUAUCAGAACUGCUAUACAUACCAGUAUAAAUUAUUAUCAUGCAUUAAAAAUUCUGUAUUUAUUCCUGUAUCCUCUGAUGUAUCCUCUGUUUUUUUUCCCAUUCUCAUCCAAGAAUCUGUGUUCUCUUGAAGUACUACAUGUGAAAAAGAAUGUGUUAAAGAAAGAAGUGUUAAUGAAAACUAAACCAGUACGUGACUUGUAUAUACUGCCAUAUAGUACAUUUUGUUCCUGUUGUUCUCUCAGAGCUUAACUAUGACAAGGUGAAAACAUCUUCCUUCCUGUUCUAGUGUCAUUAUUUGCACUGUGGGAAUGAGAUGUAGUUGGACCACUGUGUGUCAUAAUCACGUAAUGAAAUACUGAAAGACAAUGGGUGCUCCGGUGCAAACAUUUGUCCUUUGUUAAUAUGCAGAAGCACUGUAAAACUUGUUAUGGGACACGCGAUGGGAAUUCUAUUAUGUUACAGGUUAUACAACAAUUUAAAUGCACAUGAAACUGCCUCUAGAAUCACUGGAAAUAUACUUGUAACAAAUAGAACUUCAUGUAGUAUUGAUGCCAUGUAUUGAAGGGUCUAUGCCAGGUACUUUUAGUGACUGAAGUAUGAAGUAUGGUUAUGACGUGAAUGUUGUUAGUCUGAGGGAUUUGUCACAGUGCUGAAAUAAACGCAUGGCAUUUACUCUCCUUCUUGAGAA